AUUUAAGCAAAUUGUGCAUUAUUAGAUAGCCAGAUUUUGGUGAAAUGUUUUUUUUUAAGAAAGAAAAUGGAAUAUAUAUAAGAGGACGAUGCUCGUGAAUUUAUUGUAGAGUUUUCUGAAGUGAUUUUUUGUUCUUCUCCUUGUCUUCGAUGAGUUUUUGUAAGAAAGGUUUGAUUUCAUUUAGUGCUCUUGGAGUUGACAAAAGAGUUCUGUGCUUGCAUUCGGUAUACCUGUGUGCAGAAUUUAGAAUGCAAGAUAUUAUCAUUUAGAGAAUUAUAUUCAUCGUUCUUCUGUACGGAUGAAUGAUUCCUGGUAUAUUGGAUUCUUCUUCAUCUGAUUUACGUGGUUCAGAAUUCUAACUACAACUCAACAUUCUGAUUAAAUUUGGCUUGUUUCAUGUCUGUAAAAAAAAAUCCUUGAAUCGCCUUUUCAUAUACAAAUGAAUGCAAAUACAAUUAUUUCUGGUAUUCUGAAAAACUAAAUGCUUUCUCUAGUGAAAAGUUUUAAAAACUUGUGAAAUUUCGCCUUGGAUGAAUAUCUAACUUUUUUUCCCGCAUCCUCUAAUAAUUUAAAACAUCUUGAAGAUUUCCAAUUAUCGAUUAAUGUCUGGACUGCAAACUGAAAACGCCUCCUGCUACGGAAGCGGGACCAGGCAACCACCGCCUCAAUCCCUGAGAUUCCAACCCGAGGCAAUUGAAGCAGUCACCGUUGGAAUCUCCGCAGCGAACAUUGCCGCCGUGGCGCGCAACCACCACGGCGGUAACAACCGGCGGACAACCCCGGUGAUCCACUCCGGUAACGUCCCUGCUCGGUCCGGCGUCUCUGGCUCUCCCAACACGACAAGCAAUGGCACAACUUCAUCCCAGAACUGCGGAAUCGACUACACCACGAACAACAACGAGAACAGCAACAGAACCAGUAGCGGUGCUUCCACGGAAUAUUGCGCCACUAAAUCGCCAAAUUCCAAACUUAAUGAACUUUUGUCCGGACAUGGUCUUACUUUUUCUUCAGAUCAAGUGGCCUGUAUGUGUGAAGCCCUUCAACAAGCUGGAAACAUUGAGAGGCUGGGAAGAUUCUUAUGGUCACUGCCACCAAAUGACCAGCUGAGAUGUAAUGAAUCUGUUCUUAGAGCACAGGCCCUGGUAGCUUUCCAUAGAGGGAACUAUAAAGAUCUUUACAACAUUCUGGAAAGCCACAAUUUUGAUCCCAAGUACCAUAAUGAUCUUCAACAAAUGUGGUACAAGGCCCAUUAUAGGGAGGCUGAAAAAAUCAGAGGACGACCCCUAGGUGCUGUGGAUAAAUAUCGACUUCGAAGGAAGUUUCCCUUGCCCAAAACCAUUUGGGAUGGUGAAGAGACUAUUUAUUGUUUUAAAGAGAAAUCUCGCAUUGCUUUGAAGGAUUGCUACAAACGAAACAGAUACCCAACUCCGGAUGAAAAACGCGGACUGGCUAAGAAAACAGGACUCACGUUGACUCAAGUGAGCAAUUGGUUCAAAAAUCGAAGGCAAAGAGACAGAACACCACAUCACUAUCGAAGUGACAGUGCUCUAAGCCACCAUCAAAGAACAACCACACCACACCUGUGCGUUGGGAAUAGUCAUAUUGUGUCACCUGGUCCUCACGCAACAGCUGCCAGGUCAUCUCCAGUGUCCUCUCAAGCAACGCUCUGCGGGCACCACUUUGGAGAAGAGAUGGCCAGAGAGUUCCACUUUGGCCAUUCGAAAUCCAUGGACGAACUGGCCGUCAUGGCCAUGGUCAAAUCAGAACCUGGAAUCUACCCGUCCACUCUUGUGUAUCCCACUAAUACUGCGGCAUAUGAUGCAGCGGCUACAUUGUCUCACCUCCAUUCUUCUAUGACUCAUUCAUAAUAGUGACUUUGUCACAUUUUUUUUCUUUUUAUUUUGGUCAUUUGCUCAGUAAAAUUUUUUUCUCUUAAAUAUUGUACAUGUGCUCAAAGUAUUCGUAUAUUAUUCUUUUUGCGAUGAAUUGCAAAGAGGAAGUAAAUUAUUACUUCAGAAUAUAAGACAGAAUCCAGGCUUACUGAGGAUUGUCAAUAUGCCUGAUGGUUCUGUAACGAAUGUAUUGUGAUUAGAGGUUGCGGGAAGAGAUGGAAUGAAAUA